UUAUCAUCGAAAAGCCGGCAACAAACCAGUGAAAACGUUUCAACUUGAUAAUAAUAUAUUUUAUAAAAAUUUUUUAAAUUUUCAACAAAAACAAAAAUGUCUUGGCAAUCAUAUGUCGAUAAUCAAAUCUGCCAACAUGUUGAUUGUACGCUUGCUGCUAUAGCCAAUAUUCAAGAUGGUUCUAUUUGGGCCAAAUUUGAAAAAGAUGAUAAAAAGAUCAGUCCAAAAGAAUUGAAAACAAUUGCCGAUACAAUUAGACAGAAUCCAAAUGGAUUUUUAGAAACCGGUAUACAUAUUGGUGGUGAAAAAUAUAUUUGUAUUCAAGCUGAUAAUCAAUUGGUACGUGGUCGUCGUGGUUCAUCAGCAUUGUGUAUCGUUGCAACCAAUACAUGCCUUUUAGCGGCCGCAACAGUCGAUGGUUAUCCGGCUGGACAACUUAAUAAUGUUAUUGAAAAAUUGGGUGAUUAUUUGAGAUCCAAUAAUUAUUGAAAAUAUUAAACAAUAAAACAAAACAAGAAAAUCAACAACAAUAACUCAAUAUAUCCUUCCGAAAAAAAUGCUUCGUCAAAUAACUAAAAAAUAAAAACAAACAAAAAAAAAACACCGACCGUAAAAUUUGUCAACACAGAAAAUUCUCGAUUUUUUUACAUGAAGCAAAAAAAAAA